ACAAUUGCUGAGAAGGUUAACUUUACUGAUGAUAACAGUUGGAAGAUAACAGAGCCUUCACCGAGUACAAUAUCCAAGAAGGAAUCUUCCCUGCAUCUCGUCGAUCCUCCGUCUUUGUGGCGGGAUGCGGAUUUUUGUUCGAACACCAAUGGGGAAGACCAUAACUUUGGAAGUUGAAAGCUUUGACACCAUCAGUAAAGUGAAGGCCAUGAUUGAGAACGUAGACGGGACUCCACCGCAUCAGCAGCAUUUGAUCAUAGCUGGGAAGAACCUCGAUGUUUCUGGAACUCGAACUUUGAUGGAAUAUCAAAUGCCACCUGUUUGUAUAUUGUACUUGAGUCUCAAGUUUGAAGAUGAUAUGCGAAUAUUUGUGAAGACUGCGUCAGAGAAGACCAUCAUGCUGGUGGUGGAGAGCUUGGACACCAUUGGUAGUGUGAAAGAAAAAAUUGUGGACAUAGAGGGGAUUCCUUUUCAUCUACAACAUUUGUUCUUUGCUGGGAACAAGCUCGAGAAUGAUAAAACUUUGAGGGACCAUAACAUUAAAAGAGAAUCUACAUUGGACCUUUUUCAUGUUCAGAGGUUUGGAGGAGAUCAUAUGCAGAUUUUUGUUGAGACUUUGACAGGGAAGACCUUCUCCCUGAGGGUGAAGAGCUUGGAGACAAUUUAUUACGUGAUGUCAAAAAUUUGGGUCCUAGAGGGGAUUCCGGUGAGUCACCAAGUGUUGUUCUUUGAUUGGAGGCGUCUAGCGUAUAAUAAAACAUUGAGGGAUUAUGACAUUCAAAAUGAAUCUAAAGUGAACGUGAUGGAUGUUAUGUGUGCAGGUGGGUAUGUAACUUUUGUUAAAACUAUUACAGGCAAGACAAUCCAGAUUCAUAUGGGAGUUUUGGAUACCAUUGGUAAUUUGAAGGCAAAGAUUCAGGAGAGAGAAGGGAUUCCACCACUUCAUCAGCAUUUGGUCACUUCUGCAAAGAUCCUUGAGGAUGUUAGAACUUUGGCCGAUUAUAAUAUCCAACAAGAAUCUACAUUGGAUCUGGUUCCGAGGUUUGGAGGAGGUGAUAUGUGGAUUUUUUUUGUUGGGUUUUUCAGGGAAGAGUUCAAGACCAUCAUGCUGGAGGUAGAAAGCUCGGACACCAUUAAAGAUGUGAAGGCAAAGAUUGAGGAGAUGGAGUGCAUUCCCAUUGAGCAACAGAGACUUUAUUUUAAUUCUAAGGAACUAAAUAAUAGGCUGACUCUGCUUGAUCAUAGUAUUCAGCACGAGUCUAGUCUGUUCCUUCACUGUGUAACUGCGGAUGGUCGAUCAUGAAGAUAAUGUAUCUUUUUGAUCAUAAAUUCUGAAUUUAGCUAUUCAUGUAUUCUCUUGAAGAGGAGAGUGACUGAGGAGCCAAGUGUGGAUGGAAUUGAGUGAUGUUUUUUUUUUUUUUUUUUUUAUCUUAUUUUUACUCGAUUUUAUAUGUCAUUUAUACGAAUGGCCAAAUUAAUUGUUCCAUCAACUUUCCCAAUAAAAUGUUUGCUUUCCCUUCAAAUGUGCUACUACGUAAUUAGUAACUAAGAUCA